UUGGACUAUUACAGCAGAAGAAGAAGACGGGGAAGUUCUUUUUCCAAAAUGGCGGAGUACGAUCUGACCACCAAGAUCGCGCACUUUUUAGACCGGCAUUUGGUCUUUCCCUUGUUGGAAUUUCUUUCUGUGAAAGAGAUUUACAAUGAGAAAGAACUCCUCCAAGGCAAACUGGAUCUGCUCAGCGACACUAACAUGGUGGAUUUCGCCAUGGAUGUGUACAAAAACCUGUUACCCGAUAAGGAGAUCCCCCAUUCGUUAAGAGAAAAGAGAACGACUGUAGUAGCACAGUUAAAACAGCUGCAGUCGGAAACGGAGCCCAUCGUUAAGAUGUUCGAGGACCCGGAGACCACCCGACAGAUGCAGUCAACAAGAGAUGGGAGGAUGCUGUUUGACUAUUUGGCGGAGAAACACAAUUUCCGUCAGGAGUACCUGGACACUCUUUACCGAUAUGCCAAGUUUCAGUAUGAGUGUGGCAACUACUCUGGUGCUGCAGAAUACCUGUACUUCUUCCGUGUGUUGGUUCCUUCCACAGACAGGAAUGCUCUGAGCUCGCUGUGGGGUAAACUGGCCUCUGAAAUCCUCAUGCAGAACUGGGAGGCAGCCAUGGAGGACCUGACCCGCCUCAGAGAAACCAUUGACAACAACUCUGUGAGCUCCCCUCUCCAGUCCCUCCAGCAGAGGACAUGGCUCAUCCACUGGUCCCUGUUUGUCUUCUUCAACCACCCCAAGGGCCGUGACAACAUCAUCGAGCUUUUCCUCUACCAGCCACAGUACCUGAACGCUAUCCAGACCAUGUGCCCCCACAUCCUGCGCUACCUCACCACGGCCGUCAUCACCAACAAGGACGUACGCAAGCGUCGGCAGGUGCUCAAGGACUUGGUCAAGGUCAUCCAGCAGGAGUCUUACACUUACAAGGAUCCCAUCACAGAGUUUGUGGAGUGCCUGUAUGUGAACUUCGACUUUGACAGUGCUCAGAGGAAACUGCGGGAGUGCGAGUCGGUGUUGGUGAAUGACUUCUUCCUGGUCGCCUGUUUGGAGGACUUCAUCGAGAACGCUCGUCUGUUCAUUUUUGAGACGUUCUGUCGCAUCCACCAGUGCAUCAGCAUCAGCAUGCUGGCUGACAAGCUGAACAUGUCCCCAGAGGAAGCCGAGAGAUGGAUCGUCAACCUCAUCCGCAACGCCCGGCUGGAUGCCAAGAUCGACUCCAAACUGGGUCACGUGGUGAUGGGGAACAACGCUGUGUCCCCGUACCAGCAGGUGAUCGAGAAGACCAAGAGCCUCUCAUUCCGUAGCCAGAUGCUGGCCAUGAACAUCGAGAAAAAGAUUAGUCACAGCAACAGGACCGAGACACCUAACUGGGCGGCCCCGGACUCUGGCUUUUAUUAGAGAACCACAGGAGAGGGACGAUUGAUUAAUUAAGUCUUUGUAACUCCCUCACACCGCCCCCAAAU